UCAAGACUUGUUAGUAAAUUUGUAGCAUUUUACAGUAGUCAGUAUUUUAGCAGUCUUUAACAAACAUAUACGGAUACAUAUUGAAGACAAGAAUGUCGGACUGCAUAAAUGAGAGAGUAGUUGUUCUCCUGGGACACAAAGGAAAGGGAAAAAGUUCAACUGGAAAUACUCUUCUUGGACGCGAAGAAUUCAAGCUUAACAACUCCAUGAACACAUCAAGCUCGAACAGUAAAGUCGAAAAGGCAAUGUGCUCGAGAACAGUUUCUCAUCAUGAAUUGGAGUUUACAGUCGUUGACACUCCCGGGCUUUUCAACUCAAGAAACAUAGCUGAGACAGCUUUAAAGCUCCUCGAGGUAACAGAUCUAAAGCCCCACGUGUUUGUGCUCGUUUUGAGAUCAGAUCAUUUUACAGACGACGAGAAAUAUACAGCAGAUAUGCUGAGAGUUGUAUUUGGUAAGAGCAUAUUCGAACGCACAAUGAUAGUAUUAACACACAGUGAUAAAUUUGUAAGUGGCCAGCAUUUGAUUUCAUUAAUGGAGACGUUCGAUUUUGUCAAAGAGCUUUUGAAACUAUGUGGAGGUCGAACCAUGCUUAUUGAUAACGCAACACAAGUAUUUGAUUUCGAUAAAUUCCUUAUAUUAACCGAACAGAUAGCAACUUUUGGACGGUUCGUCUGUGAUUUAGAAUACCAUGAGAGUCUCAAAUUGGUACUGCACAAUUAUCUCCAAACCAACAAAACGGACAAAAGUAUUGCGACCCAGCUUCAAGAAAUAAGUAGAUCACUUUGUCGACAAUUGCCACAUUACAGAUUGUUGUUAUCUGUUGAUGAAAUCAGGCAAUCUGAGACGCAGUCCAUUUCACCAGGCGUGCGUUUUAACCAGAUUGGGGAGUGUAAGAUUGUUCUUGUCGGGAAAACUGGAAAUGGAAAAAGUGCGACUGGAAAUACCCUUCUUGGGUUUGACAGCUUUAAAUCGAGGAUAAGUUCAAUAGGAGUUACAAAUGAUAUACGGGCAGUAAGGUGUAUAACAAACAUUUCUGAAAAGCCGAGGUUGAUAGAAAUUGUCGAUACGCCCGGGUUGUUUGAUUGUAAAACUGUUGCAGAAUCAGCAUUAAAACUUCACGAUAUCGUUGGCUUGCAACCAAAUGUUUUCUUGCUUGUUCUUACAUCAAGUAGUCGAUUUUCACACGAAGAAAAACACACGGCUGAAAUGCUGAAUAUCAUAUUUGGCAAAAACGUAUUUAAUCACACUAUAAUAGCUAUAACCCGCGGUGAUGAAUUUGCAAAGGAAGAUGAUUUUGACAAGUUUUUGAACGAAUCGGAAGAUCUCAAGACACUUACUAACCUAUGUGGACAAAGAGUCCUGAAAAUCGACAACAAGGCAAAGAAUUUUGAUAAAGUAAUGUUUUUCUCAUUUGUAGACCAAAUAACAGACAAUGGGCGGCUGUUUUACACGCACACACAUGCAAAAGAGCACAAAGCUGUUCUUCAAAAUUGUUUGCGACGCCAUACAGGUGACAAGACCGUUACAGAACAAAUCGCAGAAAUCAGUAAAGACCUCUUCCGAGUUUUGCCAAACUGGAAGGUUCAGAUAUUGGCUGUCAUUCUUACCGGUGCCGCCAUGGCUGGUGGUGCGGCUGUGAUGGCUGGAGCACUUGGAAACACUGCUGCUAUUGGCGGAGGUGAAGUUUUUACAACUGCUGCGACCUAUCUUGGAAUUAUGACGGCUGCAGAUGUCUUAACCUUGGGAAGAAAUCUCGGGUCAAUGGUUUUCCGGAAGUUCUGGUGAUUCAUAAUUUUAUCUCAGCGUUACUGAAUCAAACCUUCUCUACGUCAAUUUGUAAACGGAAAGUUUUUUUCAUGAGUUUACGUUGUCUUUUAUUGAUAAACGCGUACUAUUCAUGUACAUUUUAUUGAAAUGUUUUCACAGUAACGUGCCAUUUCGUUUUUGUUCAGAUUUUUUUUGUAAACACUUACUUAUCUAAAGCCCGAUGGCCUUAUUGAAUUUAAAAUCCUCUUGUUGAUCAUUUUUAUUGUUAGUAUAUCCUUUGUAGAUUACGCGUCUAUAUGGCACAUUGUUUUGUUUCAAUUUCUUUAUAUUCGAUUGCAAAUCGUUCGUUUCAAUAGCAGCUGUAGUAAUAUGUUUUAAAAGAAAAAGGUGUGUGGUGAUGAAAUAGCAAAAUGUACAUUUAGUAUGUGAUAUGCAUCGCUGAAUACAGUUUAUUAAAUGUAUGAUAUUUAUCAUAUAUAAUAUGAAUGCAUAACACAUAAAAAUUGGCAAGGGGUGUGUUUUGGAUUCACAUAAGAUGGUUUAAAUAACAUUGCUUUCAACUGACCAUGCUAAGCAGUUACCCAAGAGUAUUUCUUUGAGAUUUUAUCUUUUAAAUUUAUUUGUGUUAUUUCUUUUGCUGUGUUAAUUAGUUUAUUGGCAUACAUAAAAUGUAUUUUAUUUUACAAAGGAAGAUUAUAUGUCAAUAAGUAUUUAGAAAAAGUUUGCUUGACAUGUAGGUCUCGUUUUUUAUAAAUGCUCAAUAAAUAUUUAUAUCUGUAGCUAUAAAAAGUUGUCCCGGGAACACGUUUCGCAUGCGCGGUAAAAUUAGUUGUAGAUAAAUAAUAAUUUAUGAAAUUUACAUGAAAAAACACUAUACUCAUGUAAUCUGCAGAUAAUGUUUCUCUUUUUUCGUAAAUUAUCAUUGACGUGCGCGAUUUGUGUAGACUUUAUUUCGAAUCCCACUAAAUGCGUGCAUCAGAAAAAGUUUUUUUGCGUGAUUGUAUAAUGUUUUUAUCAAUUUCAUCAAAAUUAAAUUGCAAAAAGGAAAAAGGCCUUUAUAUUAUACGAGCAAUAGCCCGCCGCGCAGCAGUGGGCGUUGACUACUUAUUAAUAUAGAACUUUGACAAAACUAAAGCCAUAGAUUAAGCAACUCAAACAUUUUCGUCACGCGCAAUUUGUUUUCGCGAUGCUAUCAAAGAAUUUAAAUGUAUCAUAAACACUUUGGAUUAUGCUGUUGCACAUGUUAAUAAAUACUUUAAGAAGUAAUGUAAAAGAAUCAUUAGUAUAGUGUGGCGUGCGCACUAAAUAUUCUCGCAAUAUUAUUUUUUUCGCAAAAAAAUACGCAUAUUUGCCUUCCUGUUUUAUAUUUCUGUUUCCUUUUUCCGGCCUCGGUUGUCUUAAAUACCUUGUGCCCAGCGAAGUUCGGGAAACAGAAUGAGGAAGUAAACUGGUUCAUGACAUGUUGUGAUCCGUGCCGGAUUAGCACCGUGGACGCCCAUAGGCAGAAAAACGUAUGGAGCCCACGCGGCGGUGUUGUUUUUGCAAACCUGUAUGGAUUUUCGUUAUAAAAGGUUAUUCUUAAAUGAAGUAAAGUCAAAUAUGAGUGUAUAUUCAAAUAUUAAUUCGAUAUGCAAAAAGAUGUUUACACACGGAAAAUAGUUCCUUAAGCACCGCGAGAAUUCCGUGUUGCACGUUAAGGGCCCCUAAAAGUCGCGUGGCCCAUAGGCAGUUGCCUACUCUGCUAAUGGGUCAUCCGGAGCUGGUUGUGAUAAUAUGUUCCAAAACAAUCAAAGUAAAUAUAACCAUUCUUAAUUUUCCUGAGUACAUCCGGAUGCAGCUACUCGAUUAUGAUUCGUAGUCUUGAAUGUAUUUGCUUCAAUAAAUUUAAUAUCGUAUUGUCAGUUGUAACUCUUAAAAUCAAUUUACAAUUGUUUAAAAAACUGUAUUUGUUCAAAAAAUGAACGACCGCGUCUCUUACGUUUUAAACAAUACACAACUGUGUGAAGUCACUGCUUUCAUCAAACAAUUACGAAUAAGUUAAAUAAAUCAAAAUGAAGUAAAAAGUGCAACUGACCUCAGGGGAUCAUAAAUUGAUGUGAAUGGAUAUAAACACACCGCUUUUUUGUUUCAAAUUUUUUUUUAAAACAAUUUAUUCUUUAGAAUUUUAACUAGUGCAUAAGCGACAGUUGUGUAUGCUGUUUAUGGCUAUGUGAAAUACACCAAAAUUACUUUAUUUAUUAGCCAGUGUUCUUUGCAAAAGGUUCGAUACGUAAGGCAUUCAUCAUCACGGCUAUGCAGCACGCAACGUGAAAUAUUGUCACCCAUUUCAGCUAUAUUAAAGGCUUUAUUCUUACAUUUUAAGAUAUCGACAUGAACUGCAGGAAAAACUGUAUUUUAUGCAAUCAAGAGUUUUGCAAAUGUUUUCUCAAUAACCUGAGAUAUAAUCAAAAAUAAAGUUCUUAACGGUGUGUUUACAUUAUGUCCACUCCGUGUGUAAAUCUCUGAAAAGCCCGUGGAUUGUGCACCCUGCUUCUGUUCUUUGUUUGCAUUGUUGAUAUGAAAUAUAAAUAUGGGAUACAUAUCGAUUGUUGAGUAAAAAUAAAACUGAAAAUUUCAUUUGAUUGCAAGAAAUAUCUAUAAUUGAUAAAAAAACUUUUAAGUUUUAUAGAACAGAAACUCGUCAGUAUUUUUUUUGUCGAUUUUAAUUUUAAGUUGAGUGUUAUUCAUUCAAUGUAAUUAAACAAAAAUGUAUAAUUUCAUUAACAUUGUUGUUGGUAUUUUUAGCAUAUUCUUCAUGAUUUAAAAAAAAUCCUCUCUCUCUCUCUUGGUAUGUUAAGAAAGGUUUUGAUUGUACAAGAUAUAUAAAUUGAUACGCGUUCAUUUUAAUACCAAAGUGUGAUUGUAAAAUAUAUUUCAACUCGAAUUCGAUCAAUUUCGUACCCUAUUGUUGAAAAUCAAAUUUUGCUCCAAUAUACAGUGGUUAAUAACUAAUUAAUGUGCAUAUUUUAUUGUUUUUCUUUUGCAUUAUAUUUUAGAAGCUGUUCUGUCAAGCGCUAGGCUUAACAAAAUUCAUGCAUCGUUCUGACUGCAUGUUAGAUACUCAACAAAAUUCUAGAUCUAUCAAACUUGCAAAGACAUGAAACAAAGCAAUCAUGACCUUGUAUUUUUAAAAUUUUCUGUUGAUUUAUUGUGAUGGAACAUAAGUGAAUUGUUACCAAAAUGCAAUUAACAUUAAGCGUAUGUGUUUGUCUGUUAUCAAAACGCGGCAAAACAACAAAUAUCAGAUGUGCUGACAAUGUGAAGGAGUAAUGGAAUUAACAACUAUAUAGCAUGCAUUUUGAAUGUAUGUCAAUACUGAUAGUAAAAUGCAUUGAUAGAUUUUUUUCUCAAAGUCUAGUAGUUUAUAAAAAAAACAUUCAACAAGCAAUAAAGCACUCUGAGUUUAGAACCAUUGCGUUGUGAAGAUUUCGAGGGAAACAUUCGACUUUUAACACAAUAUACUAGCUUAUCUUCUUAAGAAUUUCUUUUCUAUUGUGUAAUUAAAUGUUAAUUGUGUUAGCCAAUGAUACAUUUGUUUAAUGCAUAGGCAUACAUUGGAAUAUUUAAAUAAAAAUGUAUUUGGUA